AUGUCGCUGCUAUCAAGUUUGCUGAGCAAUAUUGCUGUCCAGGGCAAAAACUUGGAAGAUUUUCUCGACAAAGACUCACCUUCUCUGUAUGAGACUGCUGCUUGGAAGUACGAUGAAGAGCUUCUACCCCGCGAGGCCUGGGAGGCUUCCCAGAUGUUGCUGGCUGACUGCCAGCAACUCAUUGCCCUGCUCAUGCCCAGAAAGCUGAAGUUGAUGUACGAGAGUAUUUCCAACAAUGCAGCAGUGGCAUUGGAUGUCGCCUGUGAUCUCAAAGUUGCCGAUAAAAUAGCGGGAAACGGUGGAGAGAUAACUUUAGCUCAACUGGCUCGAGAUUGCGGCACCAGCGAGCAUAAACUUGGAUGCACCAUGCGUCUAUUGAGCCAUCGUCACAUCUUCUCGGAGAUUGCUCAAGACGUGUUUCGGAAUAACCGACAUAGCUCAGAGCUGAUAAGUGGAAAUGGUGCUCGGGAGUGCUGUUUGCUAGAGACCGAGGAUGCGUACAAAGCUGGCCCAGCAUGGCUCACCGUGAUGAAAGACCCAAAACGAAUGAACAGUAUUGACGCCAAAGACGGUGCCUUCGCUGAAGUCUUUGGGAAAGGGGUACUGGAAUACAUCUUCACUCCGGAAGGUGCAACUUGUAUGACAAACAUGACGGUCGGGGUCCCUUGGAUGUCAACCAUCACGGUAGCUGCAACGCGGUCCGACCUCCCCUGGGACAGUUACGGUUCAACAAUAUGUGAUGUUGGAGCUGGUCUAGGCAGUGUCAUGCUUGAAGUCAAGAAGACGUAUCCUACCAUGAAUGUCAUCUGUCAAGAGUUGGAACACAUGAUCCCAGUCAUGCAGAAGACUUUCGAAGGUCAUGAGCAGCAGAUGGCCAACGGAGAAAUAAAGCUCGAAGUUCACGAUUACUUCACUCCGCAGGAGACAGUAGCGGAUGCAUACUGGCUACGUGGUGUCAUACGAGAAUAUGAGGAUGAUGUGGCAGCGAAGGUUCUGGCGAACCUCAAGCCUGCUCUGAAAAAGAAUCCGAAAGCAAGAGUUUUUGUGAAUGAGCUCUUCGUUCCAAGACUCAUCACGUCGAAGAACAUGGCCAAUGAGGCCGCCUCUCAGCAGAUCUCAAGACAACAGUCCGGUUGGCCAUUGAUCACGCAGAUGCAGCAACUGGGGGGCCAACAGCUCUUUAGUGGGAAAGAAAGAACGUUCGAAGAGAUCAAGAACAUUGGCGAGAUGGCAGGCUUGAGGUUCGUCAAGUAUCACAGAUUCAGAAUGUUCACAGGUGUUGCCGAGUUUGAGCUGCCGUCAAGUCCGAAGCUGUGA